AUGGCUGACCUCACCUGUACCGUGGCCACUUCUGCGACCCUGGUGGAAAUUUACGAAGAUCUCGCGAGCGAGAAAGAUGAGAUCAGACUGAAAGCUGCGCAAGCGCUGGUGUCGCAAUUUACGCCCGACAAGAAUGCUACAGAUGACCAGAUCCAAAAGACUCUGCGGAGACUUUUCCGCGGCCUCUGCAGUAGCAGAAAAGCUGCGCGCAUUGGUUUUUCUAUCGCCUUGACUGAGAUUCUGUCUCAAAUUCUUUCCAGCCCCAGAGAGUCUUCAGAAUUUGAUAUCCCGAGGGUAGUAGGGUUCUGGGAGUCACAGUCUAGCGCUUCCGGAAGCGAGUCGGGUCAGGAACAAAGAGAUCAUCACUUUGGACGUUUAUUUGGUGCAGAGGCUAUUAUCAAGUCUGGUAUUCUUUUCAAGCCCAACGCGCCUUUCUCUGAGUGGACUAAGCUCCUAGACCUGGUCUUUGAUCUGGCCAAGAAGAAGCCCUGGAUCAGGGAAGAAUGCGGUUGGAUCGUCUACCGCUGUGUCUAUGAAUUAUCUGCUCAGAAGGCCGAAGCAAAGUUUGUGGAAUCCGCUCUUGAGCGCCUUUGCACAAAUGAGCUGGCACGGACGCCAGAGGGAGUUGCUAUUUGGCUAGCAGCCAAGGACUUAUUCCCUAAAGUGAAACUUCCUAGUAAAGUUUGGAAACAUGACGACCCACUAGACGUCAAGGAGAGGAAUCAGCUGGCAAAGGUCAUGAAGGAAUCUUCAGUGUCCGAGGCUGAAGGUGAAAAUAAGGGUAGCAACCCCAAGUCAUCGGGCGUGUGGAAUUCAAAGCUUCACUUUGCUUGGGAUGCUGUGUUGUCUAGGCUCAGCGAAACCUCAGCAAAGGAGAGCAAAUCGAAGACCUCUCGGCUUAGCUUCAGUGAUUUCUGGACAGAGGUUGUCGACAAUGGUCUCUUUGCCGCUUCCUCCUCGGACGAGCGUAAAUACUGGGGUUUCCUCCUCUUCGUCAAGGUGUUGAAUGAGAGCCCCUUGCCAUUGGCUUCCCUUGUGUUCACAAAGAACCUUGUGAGAUGCCUUACAAAUCAGCUCGCUGUUGAGGACCGGUACCUUCACCGUAUGGCGGCUAAGGCUGCAAAGACUAUCCAGACCCGCGUGUCAAAGGAACCCGAGUUUGCCGCAGCUUCGAUCAAUGGUUUGAUGGGCUCGGCGGGCUCAGUGAACUUUGAUCAAGUCACCAAGACCAAGACAGUGGAGAAGAUCGUGAUCGAGGCCAACUUAGAUGCCCUCAAGCAGAUUGUGCCCCUCUUCGAAAAGCUCGUCGCAUGCCCGGGUACAAGUGACAGCAAAGCUGCUGCCUCAAGCCGCCAGUUCCUUGCUGGUUUGCUUCUGUCCAUUGUUAGGUCUCGGGCUUCCGCUAGCGAUGAAUCGGAAGAGGGUGCUAAGGAGGUGCUCGAACAAAUUCUGUUCACUUUCGUGCGAUUUGCCUACUUUGUGGAGAAAGAGGGUGACAGCCGCGGUCAGACCGCUGCUGAGCCAGCCCUCACUGAGCAGACUCAGGAGCUCUUCCGGAGCAGGAUCAACUCCUGCCUGAACAGCCUAAUCGCCAACCAGAAGUACGCAACUGCUCUUCCUUAUGCAGUUGUCCGCAAGGUUCGGGAUGCAGCUAAGUCGGAGGAGUAUGGCAAGUUUAUCAUCGCUAUGGAUGAUACCCUGCAGGAUUCAGUGAAGGGCGCAUUUAAAUCGCUGAAGAAAUUGUCAAGCACGGAAAAGAAGGGUGAUGCCGCUGGCGUCGAUGCAUUCAAGCUUCUUUACUCUAUGACCAUCCUUCAGGUGUACAACGGCGAUGCUGAUGCUGUUUCCAUGCUGGACGAACUUGACUUCUGCUUCUCAAAGAUUUUCGGAGACAAGAAGUCUAAGAAGGACGAGACAGCAGAUGCUUCCGAUGCGCUGGUGGAAAUUCUUUUGAGUUUCGCUUCGAAGCCUUCCCAGCUCUUCCGCCGUAUGAGUGAACAAGUUUUUGGUGCCUUCGCCGAUAAGAUUUCUGAGAAUGGACUGGAUUCUCUGGUCUCCAUCUUGGAAGCGAAAGAGAGUCUUGCGGGUCAGCAAGAGAUGUUCGAACAGGACGAUGAAGGAGAAGAAGACGAGGAGAUGAUGGAUGUUGAUGAAGACGACAGUGACGUCGAAGUCAUCGACGCAGAGGGCUCAAAUGAUGACGAAGACGAAGACGACGAGGAGGAGGGAUCUGAAGAGGAAGAAGAUGGAAACGAUGACGAAGAAGCUAUCUUCGAGGCCAAGCUUGCCGAAGCACUCGGACCGCACCGUGCAAACCAAGACCUGAACGAUGACGAUGAAGGCUCAGACGCCGACAUGAACGACGACGAGAUGGAACAGGUAGACCAGCAGCUCGCUAAGGUGUUCCAGGCGCGCCGGGAUGCCCUGAGCAAAAACAAAGACAAGAAAGACGCAAAGGGCAACAUGGUUAACUUCAAGAACCGUGUUCUUGACCUUCUUGAGAUUUAUGUCAAGAAGUGCCACUCGAAACUCCUGGCUCUCGAUCUCCUUCUCCCUCUUCUACGUCUUACUCGCAAGUCUACCGUCAAACAGAUCUCGAACAAGGCCAACUCCGUGCUGCGCGAUUACACGAGACUGUGCAAGGGCUCUGCUCUGCCCAAGUUAGAGUCCGUUGAGCCUGCCUGGGAGCUCCUGAACUCGAUCCACAAGGAGGCCAGCCACAGCGGCCCGCCCUCGCACGCUUCGGCUUGCAGCCAGGCAAGUCUUCUUAUGGUUAAGGUUCUCGUCGCACACGACAAGAACAACAUCUCGGGCAUUGUGGAUGUCUACGCCGAGACCCGAAAGCAGCAGUUCCUCAGCAAGAAAUGCCAUGUCCAGCCUUCGUUCUUCAGCGAAUGGAGCAACUGGUGUGUUUCCGCCAGCAAGCAGAUGAAGAACUGA